UGCGGCGCGGGGCGUCACGGGCAGCGCCGCGGGGCGGCCGGCGCGAGGCUGCGCGCGGCGGCGGCGUUGCGCUGGGCGCCCCGCGGCUGGGCCCGCGGCGCGAUGACGGAGCUGCCGCCCGGCCCCGGCCCCGGCCCCGGCCCGGAUGGCGGCGGCGGCGAGGAGGCGGAGGCGGCGGCGCCGCCGGCCCCCAAGAAGCGGCGGCUGGCGGCCGGCGAGCGCUACGUGCCGCCGCCGCGGAAGCUGAACUCGGGGGUGAGCUUCGGCGCGGCGCACUUCGCCGAGACCACCUACUACUUCGAGGGCGGGCUGCGCAAGGUGCGGCCCUACUACUUCGACUUCCGCACCUACUGCAAGGGCCGCUGGGUGGGCCGCAGCCUCGCGCACGUCUUCAGCACCGAGUUCCGCGCCCAGCCCCUCGCCUGCUACCGCGCCGCCGCCCGCGCCGGCCGCCUCCGCCUCAACGAGCAGCCCGUGCGCGACCUGGAUACCGUGCUCAAGAAUAACGAUUUUCUCAGGAAUACAGUGCACCGCCAUGAGCCUCCAGUCACUGCCCAGCCUAUCCAAAUCUUGGUGGAGGAUGAUGAAGUGGUAGUUGUAGACAAACCAUCCUCUUUACCAGUACAUCCCUGUGGCAGGUUUCGUCACAACACCGUCAUCUUCAUCCUAGGCAAAGAGCAUAAUCUGAAGGAAUUGCAUACAAUUCACCGACUUGAUCGCAUGACCUCAGGAGUACUGAUGUUUGCCAAGACUGCAGAGGUAUCCAAGAGGAUUGAUGAGCAGGUUCGGCAGAGACAGCUGGAAAAGGAGUAUGUCUGCCGUGUGGUGGGGGAGUUUCCAGAAAACGAAGUGGUCUGUGAAGAGCCCAUACUGGUUGUUUCUUACAAAGUGGGAGUGUGUCGUGUGGACCCCAAAGGGAAAUCCUGCAAAACCAUCUUCCAGAGACUCAGUUACAAUGGCAAGACCAGCGUAGUCAAAUGUCUUCCACACACUGGCCGCACUCACCAGAUCCGGGUACAUUUGCAGUACUUGGGAUAUCCUAUUGUCAAUGACCCUAUCUAUAAUAUGAAAGCUUGGGGUCCUGAAAGGGGCAAAGGUGGCAAGAUUGAUAAAACGGAUGAAGAACUCUUGAAGGCACUAGUAGAGGAACAUCGUUCCAAACAGAGCCUGGAUGUCUUGGGUAUUUCAGAGGAGGACUUGAACCCCACUGCAGAAAACAAAGAGUGUGGUAAUUCAAGUGACUGCACGGACUCUGUGGCGGUCGAUCCUAUAAAUGGGAACUCCUGCCCUGCCGAGGACACUAAGGAUCCAGAGAGAGGUGAAAUACCAGCUUGUCUACAGAACUGUGAUGCCAACCUGGAAACACUUGAAAAACAUAAAGAAACUAGUUCAUGUGAGAAUUGGGAUGGGUCAGUGGGAGAGAAGGGUUCAGAAGAGAAGGAUCCUCUAUGCAUGGAAUGUAAAAUCUCUAGGCGGGACCCAUCUCCUAAGGAGCUGGUGAUGUACCUGCAUGCCUUGCGCUAUAAGGGAGCAGAGUUUGAGUAUUGCUCCAAGAUGCCUGAGUGGGCCAUGGAAGACUGGGAGGAAUGACAGAGGAACUUUGACAUCUAUGGACACUGUUCUAGUGUGGCUAAAAAAGAGUGUCUCGUAAAGACCUAAGCAUGCUUGGUGGGAAAAGUAACAGCUCUGUUUAGAUUUACUUUUCAAUGUGGUUGAGGUGAACAGACUGCCUGUGAUUUGAGACGGGGUGGGAAAACUUGUUGAGACGUGAGACCUAUCCUAACUGCUGACAGGUACUUAAAAGAUGAGCAGGAAAUCAGGGCUACAACACUAGAAUUAUGUUUCCUUUUAGUUAACUAACACUUCUGUGCACAUGACUUGGCACAGGCAGCCUGAAAUUAGUUUCCUGUCCUUUCAUAUGCUGGGUCUGUUUUCAGUUACCCACACAGAUAAAGUGCAUACACUUGAAUUCAGCAGCUGAUUUCCUUCCAUCUUCAUAUGUAAUGCUCUUCUAUCUUAGAAUAAGAACUGCUGGAAUGUUGUUCAACAUACUGGAGCUACCAUGUCAUACAGAAAACUACUUCUACUUUGAUUUGUCAGGUUGUUUUAAAAGCAAAACAUUAAAACUGAGAACAAAAUAAGGUGAAACCAAAGCAGUGUGCAACUGAUCCAUUCCUGGCGAGAUGAUUCUUGUUGCGUUGUACAUAACCAUAUAUCAUAAACCAGGUAACGCUAUUGUCUGUAAUGUUCCCAUUCUUCCGUUGGUGUUUCCAUUUUUGAUAGGCUUCGCUUUGAAAUUACUCUUGCAGAAUUCCUUCAAAUAAUUGCUUAAUUUAAGAUUCAUAACUCAAGGAUCGCUUCAUCUGUGCUUCAGUGUGACAAUCAGUUUUAAAGAAAAACAAAAGCAGUUUUACAAACCAAGAGAGACUUUUUUUUUUAAAUACAUUUUGUAGUAAUAUAUUUCCAGGAUGAUAAAUAUCGCUAUAUUUACUCUU